AUGAACGGCCACUUUUCUGCCGUGGGCGACAAGCCUGCUGGCGGAAGCUACGAACAUGGCGUCCAAGUCAUUGACGAGGACAAGGACUUCAACGAUAAUCUCAAUGAAUACCUGCAGACAACGCACGUUGCCGACUCUGGCUUCAACUACCACAUCAUCUCCGUCUUUGGAUCCCAGUCCACGGGCAAGUCGACGCUGCUGAACAAUCUGUUUGGCACCGAGUUCUCCGUCAUGUCCGAGACGGAGCGGCGACAAACCACAAAGGGUAUCUGGAUGUCCAAAAACAGGCGGGAAGAGAGCGCAGGCACCAAGAUGGCCGACAAUAUCCUCGUCAUGGACGUCGAAGGCACCGACGGCCGCGAACGUGGCGAAGACCAGGACUUUGAGAGGAAAAGUGCGCUGUUCGCGCUGGCUACCAGCGAGGUCCUCAUUGUCAAUAUCUGGGAGCAUCAGGUGGGCCUGUACCAGGGGGCCAACAUGGGCUUGCUCAAGACGGUGUUCGAGGUCAACUUGCAGCUCUUCCUCAAAGAUAAGCAGUCUACUCCGCGAUCGCUUCUCUUCUUCGUUAUCCGAGAUCACCUUGGCACCACGCCCUUAACAAACCUCCGCACUACCCUGAUACAAGAUCUCACCAAGAUCUGGUCGACCAUCUCCAAGCCUCAGGGGCUCGAAAACUCUCGAAUCGAAGACUACUUUGACUUUGGUUUUGCUGCCCUGCCACACAAAAUUCUGCAGGGCGACAAGUUUGUCAGCGAGGUGCACAAACUUGGAUCAAGAUUUACUGCCGGACACAAGGGCAACAAGGGCGCCAAUCACGAGCUGGAAGGCGGCGUUUUUUUGCCCGAGUACCACCGAAGGAUUCCGGCCGAUGGCUUCUCUGUCUAUGCCCAAGGCAUCUGGGACCAGAUUGUUCACAACAAGGACCUCGACCUGCCUACACAGCAAGAGCUGUUGGCCCAGUUCCGAUGCGACGAAAUCUCCCGCGAAGUGCUGGUCGCCUUUGACCUUGUCCUUGUGCCUUUGGAAGAGCGACAAGGCGAAGCUGCGAAACUAGGAAAGAUUCUGGUGUUGCCGGAUCUCGGGACAGUGAGCAGCGAAGCCCGCGGGCAGCUGCUGCGCGCGUUUGAAGCUCAGGCCAGCCGCUACCACAAGGGCGUGUAUGCGCGCAAGAGGCACGAGCUGGAGGCCAAGGUCGAUGCGAGACUCAAGGCGCUGUACAUGGGCCAAUUAGCGGCUGCGCACAAGGCCGGCGUUGUGACGUUUAGCGACGCCGUCACGAACAAGGUCAAGGCUGGCCAAAAAGCAGGCGGCGGCUACGAGUUUGCCGAGAUUGUCGCCAGCGAGAAGACCAAGACGUUGGAGAUUUUCAAGUCUGAAGCCCAAGGACUGGCGAUUCAGGGAUUGCCUUGGACCAACUUCCAACCCCAAUACCAGCUGUUCGAAGCCGAGCUCGACGAGGUUAGCGGCAAGUUGCGCAAGGAAGAAAUGCGGCGACUGGCAACCAGGGUCGAGCGGUGGGUCAAGUCUCGCCUGGGAGAGGCCAUUGGCCUCGAGUUCAACAAGCUGGGCUCCGGACGGGCGGGCACGGGCGCCCCAGAGACGGGCGACAAACCACCCGAGAAGGAUCUCUGGGAUCGUGUGUGGAGCGUCUUCACCGGCAUCGUCGGGGAAGCCGAGGGUCGCUUUGCGGACCGUGCCAAGAGCUUUGACGCUAGCGACGAGGAAGCCGAGGUUGGCAUGUGGCGUCUGCGUCGGAAGAGCUGGGUUGGUCUGCGCGAGAGGAUCGAAGAGGAAGUCAUGGAAGGCAACAUUCUGCUCAAGCUCCGCGAGAACUUUGAGGACAAGUUCCGAUACGACGAGGCCGGCGUUCCUCGCAUAUGGCGGCCCACGGACGACAUCGAGGGUAUCUACACAAAGGCGCGAGAGUCGACCCUGACGCUCAUCCCCCUGCUCUCGAGGUUCCGCCUCUCAACGACGUAUGCGCCUCCCGACUUGGUGAGCUUUAUUGGAGGUCAGCCCGGAGGCGCCGAGGCUGGUGACGAGGAGGACCUGGCACCCAUCGGCGGAGUCGACGAGGACGAAGGGAAGAGCCUCGAGGAGGAGAUGACGGUUCUCAGCGAGAGCAAGCGCCAGGACCUGGUUGUGCGCUUCAAGAAGACGGCGGACGGCGUCUACGUGGAAGCCAAGCGAGGGGCCAUUGGCGGCGUGGCUCAGAUUCCAUUUUACUUUUACGUGCUCCUCGUGGCCUUGGGCUGGAACGAAAUCGUCUUGGUCCUCCGCAACCCCUUCCUCUUUGUCUUCCUCAUCAUGCUGGCCGGCGGCACAUACGUGGCCUACACGCUCAACCUGCUCGGGCCCAUGAUGCAGAUGAGCAACGCCGCCGUCAACCAGGGCGUUGAAAUCGCCAAGCAGCAGCUCCGAGAAUUCAUCGCCAACUCGGACAGGGCUAGACACGCCCUGGACGUGCCUGCCGAGCCCCGGGCGCACCGCGCCAACGGAGAUGGAAUCAGCCUGGACAGACUGGACAGCCGGGGCAAGAAGGCUCAUUCGACGGAAGAGGCGGACAUGGACAUUUGA